CACAGACUGAGGACGUCAACAAACUCGAACUUCUCGCGUCCGAGAGGAGUGACCGAGUCCCACGGAAAGAUCGUCGGUUUUGUCAGAACCGAUUCGAGAUGUCGGAAACUUCGCUAUUAACAAACCUGGCUGGCUCCUGGUUAGGGAGCCUCACCAUCAAUCUCCUGUGUUAUUCGACUGUCUUCAUUCCAGGGUACUUCCUGUUGCAGUAUUUCAAGAAUUCAAAAUAUAUUGAAAGAGCAGGCUCUGGUCUUGUUUCCAAGUUAAUCACCUCCUGUGUGUACGGCCACAGCUAUGACAAGAUUGUCACAGACCCAGCAGGUGCCCCCAAGGGAGCCCAGGGUGAGCGAUCGAUGGGCUCCAGCUUCGUCCAGCUCAUGUUCUGCUUUGUGGGACUGCAGGUGUCGUACCUCACGUGGGGGGUCCUGCAAGAGAAGAUUAUGACGAAGGAAUACCAAAACUCGGAUGGCAGCAUAGGUCACUUCAAGGACUCACAGUUUCUCGUGUUUGUCAAUCGAAUCUUGGCCUUCAUGCUCGCAGCUUCGUACUUGGGCUUGACAAGACAGCCUCGCCAUACUGCACCUAUAUACAAGUAUUCCUAUUGUUCCUUCUCAAAUAUCAUGAGUUCUUGGUGCCAGUAUGAAGCCCUGAAAUAUGUCAGCUUUCCUACUCAGGUUUUGGCAAAGGCUUCAAAGAUCAUUCCAACCAUGAUCAUGGGCAAGAUUGUCAGCAGCAAAAAGUAUGAUUAUUAUGAGUACUUCACAGCUUUCCUCAUCUCUGUGGGCAUGACGAUGUUCCUGAUGGGCUCAACGGAAGCCAGUGAGAAAACCAGCAGCACAACCACCAUGUCGGGCGUGAUCAUCCUGGUGGGGUACAUGUCGUUUGAUGCCUUCACGUCCAACUGGCAGGGAGAGCUCUUCACACAGCACAAGAUGUCCUCUGUGCAGAUGAUGUGUGGUGUCAACUUCUUCUCUUGUCUCCUGACGACGACCUCCCUCCUUCAGCAAGGUGGCUUUGGGGUCUCGUUAGCGUUCAUGUUCACCUACCCGGUGUUCUUUUGGGACUGCCUCAUUCUCUCGGUAUGCUCAGCCACAGGCCAGCUUUUUAUCUACCAUACCAUAUCUACCUUUGGCCCUGUGGUCUUCAUCAUCAUCAUGACUAUUCGUCAGGGAUUGGCAAUCCUCCUCUCGUGCAUCUUGUACUCCCACCCAGUGACUGUCCUGGGUGUCCUGGGCAUCAUGCUGGUAUUUGCUGCCCUGUUCCUCCGCGUAUACUGCAGCCACCGACUGAAGCAGCUGCAGCAGAGGAAAUCAGCUGGAGAGACGUCCAAGGUUUAGGGAUCUAUCAAGUUGAAGAAAAUUUAACUUUUGUUUUUAAGAAAAAUGAAUAAUAAUCAUGCAAGAUAUUCAAGUUUUGAAUCACAAGCUGCAUAAUUGUUAUAAAGAAAAAAUCCAAGAUCUACUUAUUCAAGAAGAGAAGAUUUUCAUGUUCAGAAGAUCGCAAAAUAAAAUAAUAAGUGUGUGUGUGUGUACAUGUGCGUGCGCUUGUGUGCAUGUGUGUUUUAAAAGCCAGCAGACAAUGGUUGAAAGGCAAGAAUUAUUUAUUUAGUUAUUUUUGCUAUUAUUUUCUUUUUCUUUAAGAAGAAAAAGAAAGAAAAAGAAAAAAAAUCAGUAGAUUGGUGUCAGAUUUAGGAUUCAUUCAUCUAGAUUUGUUACUUGAAAAUGUGAACAUUAUUAUUAUUAUUAUUUAAACUGUAGAAUUUUUCCAAAAGCUAUUCUUUAAAAAGCUACCUGCAGGAAAGGUUAAUGCUCUAAGAGAUAUGAAAAUACGAAAAGGAACAGAUAUAAUAGCACUGCACUGUAUUCUAUAACAGGUAUUAUUAGUGAGUUAUGUAUGUAAUCAAGAUUAUUAAAUUUAGUAUGUUUUCCUUUUUCAAAAAGGAAUCUUAAAUAUUAUUCACUCUUUUCAUGACAAAUUAUUUAAAUUUUGGACAUUUGUGAUUGUCUAUACAAAUUAAUUAUUAUUAUUUCUUAGAAGUGCACAAUAAUGAUGAAUGGAAUAGGUAUGAACACAAUGUAAUGUCUGAAAAUAUUGUACAGUAGUAAUUAGGCUAUAAUUAUUUUAAUAUAUUUUGAUUGGUGGUGGUUAUAUUUUAUAUAUUGUUUCAAAGAGUGAAAAAUUUUAUAUUUUAUUCUCUCCUUUUUUUGGUAAAUAUUACCAAAAAGCCAUCAAGAUUGUGAUUGCAACAAAUAAAUAUUUGUGUAUGAAA